CGUAGUACGAUUUUGCACUUUAACAAGAACAGUUCAAAAAGUUCAACUGCGACUUUAAAUAAAGUUAUUGAGAAAAGUUUUUCAAAUUUCAUUGUGUUUUCAUUCUGUGUUUUUUAAUAAUUGUUUUGGAAACAUGUACAAUAAUGGUUAUACUACUCUAUCUGGGCCCUUUGUUAAGGGUGACAUACGCGAACAUAAAAUACAAAUGGCCGAAAAACAAACGCAAUUUUCUUUGGUACCAAAAAUAGUAAACGGUGGAAUAGCGGGGAUUAUAGGGGUAACAUGCGUUUUUCCGUUGGAUUUGGUGAAAACGCGGCUACAAAACCAACAAAUCGGACCAAAUGGCGAGAAAAUGUACAAAAGUUUAGCUGACGCAUUUAGAAAAACCUACACUGCCGAGGGAUUUUUCGGAAUGUACCGAGGUUCCGCGGUCAAUAUUUUACUUAUCACCCCUGAAAAGGCUAUCAAAUUGGCUGCCAAUGAUUUUUUUAGAUAUAAUUUGCAAACCAAAGAAAAAACCCUUCCAAUGUUCAGGCAAAUGCUUGCCGGUGGUUUGGCCGGCUUAUGUCAAAUAGUCAUAACUACGCCAAUGGAGCUACUAAAAAUCCAGAUGCAAGACGCUGGGCGUGUUGCAGCCCAGGCUAAAUUAGUGGGAAAAACCGUCCCAAAAGUAUCAGCCACAGAACUCACACUAGGCCUAAUUAAAAAACACGGUAUUACUGGUCUGUACAAAGGUACAGGGGCAACAAUGAUGCGCGAUGUCUCAUUUUCUGUGAUAUACUUUCCAUUGUUUGCGACGUUGAACGAUCUGGGGCCUAGAAAACACGACGGGUCAGGUGAGGCAGUGUUUUGGUGUUCCUUCCUCUCAGGCUGCGUUGCCGGUUCUUUCGCAGCCCUUUCAGUAAAUCCAGUGGAUGUCAUCAAAACUCGCCUUCAGGCUAUAAGUAAGGCAGAAGGGGAGAGGAGUUACACCGGUGUUGGAAAUGCAUUUGUCAAUAUUCUAAAAUACGAGGGCCCCACAGCUUUCUUCAAAGGUGGCCUAUGCAGAAUGAUGGUUAUAGCCCCGCUUUUCGGCAUAGCACAAACUGUAUAUUACCUAGGUGUAGCGGAAAAUUUGCUGGGAGUAAAUAAAAAUUAA